AUGUUAUAAAAUAUAAGUAUACUUUAUUAAAGAAUUGGAUAUGAAGUAGGUAAAAUAAAAAGAAUAUUUAUUGACAAUGAUAUCAGUUGGGGAUAUUUUAGGGAUCAUAGUAAAUUUUAUUAUCAUAGUAAUGCACAUUUAGAUAAUUUUGUUAUAAUAUAGAAUGGAUCUAAUGUACUUGCUCCAGUAGAUUUUGAUCUUGCUUUCUGGUAUUGAUUAUUAUAAUUUAUUAGUAAAGAAGAGUUCAUUAACAUUGAUAUUGAUUUUGAUGCUUAAAGGGCUAAUUCUUCAGAAAUUUCAGAAAAUAAGAAUUAUGGAAAAUUUGAUUUAGAACAAUGGUUAUUUUAUCAAGAACAAGAAAGAAUUGGUUUAGAAUUAGCAAUAGGAGGAAUGGAUAUGAUUUUAGCAAGUCAUAUGUUUAUAGAAAAAUAAAAAACAGAUGUUGAAGAGUUUUUUGAAAUACUAUUAAGAGAUUAAAUGAGAAUUGGAUAUUUAGAGGGAAUGUAAUUAAAAGAAGAUUCCAGUUUAUUUUAUUAAAGAAUGGAUAAAAUACAAGAUAUAAUUAAAGAGGCAUUAAAUUAAACCCAAUAAAUAGUUUCUUGA